AUGAGGGCACAAAGUGAGACGACGAAAUCAUCACCCCCUCUUAGGAGAAUCCCCAAGAAUAGAGGAACUGUUGUGCGAAAUGUCAGCGAAAUAAAUCCAAUGUCGCAACAGGAGCUAAAAAAUGUCAUACAUGUGUACUCGGAAGCGAAUAAAGCUUAUUACCUAAAUUGUGUAAAGAAUGAAAGAAACCCCAAGAAGAAGAAAAAAAAAAACGUUUCCAAAAAGACGGAAAGUGAAGAAUUUGAUACACACACCCUCAACCCCUUGAACUACCGAAAUGAAAAAUUUGAAGAGAAUGGGGCUCUUCUACAUUUGCCAGGAUGCAAUGUUACUCCGAAUUAUAUGUCCCAAAAUCCAAGUGCAGACUAUGGAGUGUCGUCCCUGGCAUAUGGAACACUUCACAAAUCGAGUCCGUUAUCAUGGGGAUGCGAUUACCAGAAGCAUUACGAACUUCCAACUAUUUGUUCAAUUGUAAAGUCGAAGCAUCCCAUUUAUUCGAGACCUCAAAAUGCCAAAACGGGACGAAAGAACAGCAACAUUAGUCUUAAAAAUAAAAGUAAGAAGAAAAAUGGCAUCAAACAGUUUGGAGGAAGUUGUCAAAAUGAUAAGUCCUUCACGGUUAAGAAGGUACCCACGUUUGGAAACGGCAAAGAAGACGAGAUUGAAAACUUCCACCAUGAUAAGCAUAAAAGUAGAGAAUAUGGAUUUGAGAAAAACACCGUCGUAGAUACUACUAUGAAGGAUAGGAGCUGUUCCGACAAAUUAAAAGAUAUUUCAGACGGCACUCGUAAUUAUCACGGUUCUUCUAACGACUCGGAGGGAAGUAGCGUAAAGAAUUCUAACUUAGCAGCAUUAAAGAAUGUGCUCGAAGCACGCGAACCUAACUCUAAUUUUACCCUCAAAAGGGAGGACUACAACGAGGAGAGAAAGAACGAUGAACCCAUUAUUCACCACAAGAAGAGAAGCAGGAAUCAACAUAACGAUUUAAAUUUUGUAAACCCUAGAAGAAUAAACGAGAUGGAAAACAUACCCUCAAGUAAUUCUGUAGACAUCAUUUUAUCAAACUCGACCAUAUUGGAAAUGAGAACUUCAGACACAGACUCAAAGGGUGCUUCCUGCUCGAGUGGAAAACACAGCGGAGAUUCUUCUGACUGUUUGAACGAUUCAAACAUCUGUACAGAUAAGAAUGUCAAAUCAGAUUACAAUGAUUCGCAGGAUUAUUCAACCCCGCAUAUGGGAAUGAGACGGGUGGGCAACUACAAAGAGAGGGAAAAACGGAAACAUAAACGGGCAGGCCAUUCAAGCAGUAAAGGUCUCAAACGUAAUGGAAAAUCAACUAAGGAUAACCAGUUAUCGCCAUGUAAAGGAAACUAUUAUGACCCUUAUUCGAAUGUUGCAGAAAGAAACAAAAAACAGGGAAAGGUGUUAAUCAAUUGUAAGGUGCCUCACCCUGGGGAAAAGCACAACCCGAACGGUUCCGCAGAUAUAAUGUGGGAAAACAAGAACAAGAAAAAAUCGAAGCAAAGUGGGAAACAUAAAAAUAACGACUCUUCAAAGAAUCGUUUGGACCAAGAAUCAAAUUCGUUUGAUGAAAAUUGCUCCAGUAGGGGAAAAAAAAAAGGAAAGACAAGGGGAUUGAGACAUGGCAAACAUAUGAGGAAGAACAGCCUACAGAGUAGCAGCCGUGUAAAGAACAAAAAGUCUCUAAGCAUGAGAACAAUCCACGCGUUAGGAUGUCAAAAUGGUGCGUGUGCAGGUAUUCACAACAGUGUUGCAUCUAAGCCAACUAUUAAAGAAACCUCGAAGGUGGAACGAUGCAGUUGCGUCGAUGGGAAGAACACACCUAAUGAGAAACUUUGUGCAAGAAACGAGACUACCAACCUGAUAUCUGGAAGCAUUCCCCAAGGGGAAACUCUAACAAAUGGCGUGAAGGAAGCACAUGCUCAGGGAGGACAUGUUUAUGCGUAUGCCCUUCGAGCUGAUACAAUGCCAAGGACACCAUUAGUCACUUAUAACAUGUGCGAGACUGUACCACAGGGAGGAAUGAAAAAUUUAUCUCAAAAUGUUUUUACUGAAGUGCGACCCGAGAUAGCUAAUGUUAAUUUGUGCGUACCGGAACAUACCGCAAAGAGGUAUCAGUCGGCAUCCGUUGUGCCAAACUUUUCUGCUCAUUCAGUUCCACAGGGGAAUACGUCAAUGGUGCAGAGCCAUUUCGCUCGCGCGCAUCCGCAGGUGAUUCACGUGCCCCUAGAGCUGUCUCAAGGGAGAUUGCAAGUACAAGGAGUAGCAUCACAGGUGCAAGGCGUAGCAGCUCAGACGCAGGUGCCAAUUUUGCAAACGCAUGGACCCAUUACGGCGACGCUAGCACCCUACGGACAAGCCGAAUUUGCACUGAAACGUGACUCCCUUCCGCAGGGACACACUCCACAGAGUCAGGCGCAGAUACAGCAAUUGCCAUUUAUAGAAAGACCGAUUGUUCUUGAACAAAUUCCGCAAACGGGUGUAAUUUCAAGUGGAGGACUCACAACCACUGACAAGUUUUGCAACCUCACGGAGUUAACAAACCAGUUAGUAUCCGUUAAUGGGGAGAACGGUAAAUCGUACACUACUGCUAAUGGGUUUUCCAAACCGUUUGAUCAGAACUGCAAUAGGUCCCACAGUAUAAUAGGAAACAACUCAGGCGAUUUGUCAAAGAAACUGUGCGCAGAAGGCGUUUUCACAAAUGCGCUAAUAAAGGGAAGUGGCAAUAUGGACGGAAGAUGCACCAUUAAUAGUAGUUCAAACAAAUGUAUAGAUCAAUUUAAAGGCUCCGAUGGCAAGGUGACAUUUUCACAGGGAGAAAGUGGAAUGUCCUCAUGGGUAAAAGCGUAUGUAGACACACAAACUACAAGCCUGAAAGGUGAAGAGGCAAAUUUGGGCUACCUAAAUGUAUACACAAAUAAGGUAAAUGAAAAGGCAAACACUAAUGUUAGUAGCUCGAUGGGAAUUCUUCAAUGUCUUUCAAAUAUAGAAUCAUCCCCCAAUGAUGUGUACCACCAACCUCAUACUUCUCAAAAUGUGGCAAAUAAGAAAAGUGUCAAUCCGCAGGAUAUGUCUCAGUUAAUUAAGACUUCAAAUGAGAAAUUGAUAAACUUGCAAAAGAAACAAUUGUUAGACAUAUUACAAGAAAAGGGAGAUGAUGGAUUGGCGAAGACCAUUCACACAGGGGACAGUAGCCACCACACCAACGGAAACUUAAAUGUUCAAUCCGUUAAUCAGGUGGGUGGAGAGAAAUAUCAGAACAUGUCAGGUAGUACGGUACAGUACUUCUACGCAAAUCCCGCAGAAGCUCCGCAAAACACUGCAGGUGAAACAGAAGGGGUAAUUUUUUCCUCUAUGCCCCAAGAAAUAAGGAGCAACAACCAGCCGGCGCAAAAUACCCCCCAACUAUCGGGUCAUUUAAACUGA